UUUAAAAUAAAGUAAAUAAUGUUUUCUUUUAAAGGAGGAUGAAACAGGCUGCAGCAGUGAGGAUGACAAAGAUGCUGAAAGCACAUUUUCCCCAAGGGAUCUGAACUCGUCUUCUCAAGGCCAACCCUCAAAUCCAACUUGGGACAGUUUUAGUAGUUUGGCGGCUGCCUUUACACAAGAUUGUACCACUGUGGUACAAUCAGAUGUACAAUCAGAUGUCCCCAGUCAACACUGUUUCCUUACCGGCAAGCUGUAUUUCCAAUGCUCGGCUUUCUACCUGCUCUUCAGAAGGAACAUCUGGACCGUCGGCUAAUUACAGUAGUUACCUGACAGUGGUUGCUGGUCUAUCUGAUGUAUCUUCUGAUGACGAAGAACUAAAUAAAGCCAUUCUAGCAAGCCUGCAAACUGAAAGCUGUCCCCCUACAUGUUCUGUUCCAGUAAAAGAUCUUCUGCAAGACUUGGCGAAACAGAUAAACCAUCUUAAGAAUUCUAAGUUCAAUAUUAACCGAAACACAGUGCUUGAUGGAGCCAUCAGAGGUUUUAAAAGAGGAACAUACGAUCCAUGUAACACCAUAUCUGUCAGGUUCUCUGAUGAUAUGGGUGUACACGAAGAGGCUGUUGACCUAGGAGGUCCAAGAAGAGAAUUUCUAAGACUUUUAAUAGAAGCUCUGCCCCAAUCUCAAAUGUUUGAAGGAGAAGAAGGUAGAAUGAACUUGGCUCUUAACAGCACUGCUAUGAGAGAAGACAGAUACUUCAUUGCAGGCAGAACCAUUGCAGUGAGCCUGGUACACGGAGGCCCCCCUGCUGGUUUUCUGUCUCCAACUCUUUUUGCUAGCCUUGUUCAUGGCCCAGAAUGUUCCAAGCCAACUUUGGAGGAUGUUGCAGAUAGAGACUUGCAAGCAAAGAUUAAAAAGAUUGCAGAGUGUCAAACAGUAGAAGAUCUACUCAAAGCAAGUGAUCAACUGGAAGAUUACUUGGCCAAUGCUGGUUGCCUGAGACACCUACAGAGGUUGGAGGACAAGGAUCUGCUUCUUGCGGACAUUUUGAUGUUCCAGGUGGUACACAGGGUUCGUAGACCCUUUGAGAGAUUCCGGGAUGGGCUGAAAACACUUGGUGUCUUGGAAAAAAUCCAGUCCUACCCUGACAGUUUUCUUCCAAUUCUGUGUUGGUCACCAACAACCUUCACUGCGGACAUUGUUGAGAGCCUGUUCACAAUCAAACUGUCUCCUGUUGGGAGUAGUAAAAGGCAUGCAGAGGAAGUAGUUAUUCCUUUUUGGAGGGACUACUUGGCUGAUGCAGUAGACCAAGAGGGAACACAUAAACUAGGAACCAUUCUUUCCUUCGCCACAGGAGCCAGUUCCAUUCCACCAAUUGGUUUUAACCCACACCCGUUCAUUGAAUUUCUCCAUGACAAAAAUGAGUCAGGAGUCCCUCAUCGAUUCCCCAUUGCAAAUACCUGCAUAAACUGCUUGAAAUUACCACUGCAUACAACAUACACAACAUUUCAGGAAGAUAUGGACUUUGCAUUUGGCAACACCCAUGGGUUUGGUAUGGCUUAGUUUGCAUGCUAGCCCUAAAGUGCAUUAUGUUUUUUUUCCUAAAUUAGUUGAUCUUAUUGUUCUUGGCAAGACAGUUAAGAUGUAAGUGUUGAAAUUUUGCAAUGAAUGGUUUUAAAUUAGCCCUGAAGUUACCUUUUUACCAUGAUCCGUUUAAAUGCUGCUAUUGUUACGGAUCAUUGUGAAUAAUAUCUAGUAAAGAAAAAUUAAAGAUUCUCCACUUUUUUUUCCAAUAAUUAAGAUUUUUUUUUAUUCUAAAUUUGCAUGAAUUUUUUUUUUUCAUGUUUUUUCUUUUCCAGAACCUCCAAAAUGGAGCUUAUCUCUGGCCUCUUGUGCCCAAUCAGGGCAAUAGUUGCUUCUCCACACCCAGAGAGUGGAUAGUCGAUCAAGUCAAUGCAGAAGCGCAUUGUAGAGAGACUUGAUCUUCUCUCUCCAUUCUUCGGGUGUGGUGGAGAACAUGGCGCUGCCUGCUAUCACCAUGAUGGGGGACCAGAAUUGGGUUAGGGCUCUAUUCUGGAGGUGCUGUCAGGGAUAGCAUUGGUGAGGGGCAGUGUGUUUUAAAUUACUAUUGACUGAUGAUAAUAAAAAAACAACUUUAAGUUAAGUUUAAGAUCAAAUCUGGUGAAACAAAGUUUUCCACCAUACUUUCUCCUGUUGUAUUCUUGUUUUGUUUUUUUGCACUUCAUGAUAUAAUUUGUAUGAUAAAAAGGUACCUUAUCUUCAGCAUUCUACUCUAAACAAUUUAAUGCAAGUUUAUUGGGAUGGGAACUCAUGAGAAAUUCAGUCUGUUCUUACCAGGUUAUAUUUUAAAAGAUAUGGUUUUUUUUUUGGAAAAGUUACCUUUAUUCUUAACAAUUUUCCCGUGCUCUAAAGUCAAAACUGGAAUUUUUUUGUGCAUGCUGCAAAAAUAACAGAAUCUGCAUUUUUCUUUUAGACAGCACAUUAUGUUUAAUGUUCAAAAACAAUAACACAGAGCUGGAGUAACUAAAAAGAACAAGUGGGGUAGUUUUCCUGAAAGACUACAUUUGGACACCCCAGUUGUAUUUAUGCAUUAAACCCAUUUUGUUAAAGUGAUUUAGUUGUUUCAUGGGUGUAACAUUUGAACAUGUCUGCGUUCUUAAAAACAAAACAAAAAACUCAAUAAAAAAAUGUAUUGAAUAAGUUGCAGAGUCCUUAAUAUUUUAAGUAUACCAUGGCACAAAAAAUAAGUGAUUUCUUAAGCAAUACACCGACAUUUUUGAAGAAAAAUGGAAGCACCAAUAUGAACUUAAAAGAAAUGACUCAAGAUUGUCUACCCUCUAGAAAACUCACAAGGCUGGAAAACAGAUCUAUGCCAUGGUUUUCAUCAUCUGCAAAUGGAUCAAAGGUCUGAUGAAGAUAAGCCAUUGUUGUGUCAUUUAUAUUGCUAAUAACUGAUGGAACAACAACAUUGUUAUUUGUUUGUAACUGGGCAACAGGCAUGCUAUCAUCAAUGAUGAGCUCACUAUCUACAUCACAAAUACCAUUAAGACUUGGGUUAUGACUUCCGGCAUUGUUCACUAUGCCUCGUUGCCAUAGCUGAAGAGGGGUUAACCCUCUCUCUGUUGAAAGACCAUGAUUAUUCCACUGAUCUCGGAAUUCUCUGACAGCCCUCUGAAUUCUUGGUAAGUAAAUGAAAUGAAGGCAAAACAAAUGCAACUCAUUCAGUGAAUCUAGUACACCGUGCUCCUCCAUAAAGUUGAAAAGAUUAACAUAAUGAAAUGAAACUACUCUAUUCAGCUCUGCCCACAAUCUCUCAAUUCGCUGGUUGUGCACCGACCUGCCAGUGAUAACACUAUGCCUGUUUAGUCCUCUUCUGUAAAGCAUAAAACGUGCAACACCAGUGUUUUCCAUUCCGUGAUCACAUCUGACUCUUGAUGGUAUUCCAAAGUUCUGAGUUCCAGAACGGAAUAAGUACAAAACGCUGGAAGCUCUGUUAUUGUCUAGACAUGCCAGGUAGACGAUGGUCCUACUGAAGCCGUCAACGCAGCCGUGGAACACCAUUCGCCAUCUGACGAGCUUGUGGUUUCCAUCU